GCGCACCAACACACACACACACACACACGCAGAGGCGCGCACGGUUUAUUCAUUCAUGAGCAGCAUGCUGGAUGAUAGAAACCGUAUUUUGGGGCAGAGGUGGAUGUGAGCUGCGGCGGCGGUUGUCGGUCGGUUGGUCGGUCGGUGGUUGUGCGGUCCAGACUGAACUAACCCGUGCCUGGCUCUCUUACCACCCGGAACCAUUAUGCAGACAGGAAACUACCAUUUUAACGCUAGCAGCAGCAGCAGCAGCAGCAGCAGCAUCGUCUGCAGAGGGGGGACACCGAAAUCUGACAAGGGCGGAAAAGAAGCGAGCGCACGACGGGGGCUGUAAACAAAAGGCGCCGUGUGAGGGUGAGCGUCCGGCCGCAGGAGCUGUAAGCGGGACUCGGGAGCGGCGGAGGCGGCGGCUGCAGCAGCAGCAGACAAUGGACACAACCGGAGCGGAGCAGCGGAGGUUUUUUUGUUAGCGAGCGAGCAGCAGCAGCAGAGCCCGCCCGGGCCGAUGGAGGUCCAGCAGGCCUCCUCCUCCUCCUCUCUCGGUGUUUUUCCACGGAUGAAGAAAACAGGCCCCGCUGACAGAGGCAGCUCCGCUCCGGCUCGCACCAACACGGCUCGGUGUUGUUCGUUUUUACGCCUUUCGCUCGUGUGAUUUCUUUUUUUUUUGUUUUUGUUUUUAAAAACUACAAAAAAGGCUUGUCCGCCCCUGAGGUGACCGGUUGUCGGCGGAGCAUCAUCACUACCAACACCCCCAAGCUGAGGAGCUUCCACACCUGCCUUGCCCUGCCUGGUCUGUGGGGGAUCAAGCCGGCUGUCCAAAGAAACUCCAUGAAGGGACAGAAGUGCAGUGAAGCGAUGGUUCAUCCUCAGCUGAAGUAACGGACACACUCCUCUUCAUGGGACCUGAUUUUAACAGUCAGCAUAUGGUUAUGGAAGACUUUAAAGAAACACUACAGACUGCUUUUUUUAGUAUAAUUUAGUUUAUUGCCUAUUUAUGACUUUUUUUUUUUGUAACAACCCACAGAAGCACUUGAAGGUUUCAUUCUUAAAUGGAGACUAAAAGUAUUAGUGACACGUUUAUGUGAGAGAAAUCAAGCAUCGGCUUUUGGUGGAUUAUAGUUGGAGGUUUGGGGGUACCAGGACUACCUCUGAAAAUCACACCUUGUCAAAGUUUGACAAGGGUUUACUGCUGUUUCCAGCGUUUAUUGACUUAGUGCACGUGGCAUUUGUGGCUACGUGACACUUUGCCACAGCUGUAUUGGGAGAUGUUCCAGUUCAGCAAGUACCCCAUGGACAUUUUAGAAAUGCUAAGUGGACACCAGGCACACCAAUUCAAAGGCCUUGGAUUAGAACGACAGCUGAGCCACCAGCAGCAGGUCCAACUGCAGCAUCAGCAGCAGCUCCAGCAGCAGCACCAGCCCUCUGGUGAUGCCUCUGGAAGCCUCCUGUCUGGGCUGGGACUGGGUUCCCUCCAGAGUUCUCGGAGUAAUGCCUUCGCUGACUCCUCGUCAUUGUUCGCCAAAAUGAGCGCCCCUCCCCCGCCCAUCUCCCACCAGAGCCAGUCGUCCUCUUCGUCUCACAGCUCCAGGAAAUCGAGUAAGAUGAGCAGUAGCAGCAGCAGCGGGAGUGGGAGCUCCGCGUCGGGGUACCCCCAGUUCCUUCGGCCCUUUCACCCGGCCGAGGCGGCGCUGGCUCAGGAGCAGCUCCACUCUGGGAUGGGACGUUUUGACUUCAGUGGGAGCAGCAGUGGAGGGGUCGUCACUCCUGCGCCCCCGCCUCCUCCGCUGCAUCCAGGUCUCUCUGUCCCCCAGCCUUCCCCAGGUCCCCCCUCGUCCUCACCCUCUCCUUCCACCUCGUCGGCCUCCAACAACCCCUCCGGCAGCACUGCAGUCCCUUUAGUCGGACAGUCCGAUCCCCGCAGCCUCCACCAGCAGUUUAGCUGCAUGCUUGCCGCAAACCAGUACUUCCUGUCCGGCGUCCCCACCAACAGCAGCCUGGAGCAGUUCCUCGUCCAGCAAGGCACUCACAACCACUUGGGCUUGGGUCUCGGCCAAGGAGCCUCUGAUUCAAACUCAGCCCUAGCACCUCCCCCCGCCCUCCACUCCUCCCACAGCCACAGCCACACAGCUCCACAGCCUCAACAGCAACAACAACAGCUGACCCCUCAUGCCUUAUCUCAUCCACACAGCCACACUCACCACCCGCACCCUCUCCACCCGGCCCCCCAACCUGCCCCACUGGGUGGCUUUGAUUUCCAAGGUAUUCCAGUCCUUUCCUCCAACCAAAUAGCAUCACUAAUGCAGCAAGAGGCCGGCCUUCCCCUCCCCCUGCCCCUGCACCUGUCCCUCUCUAAAGACGACGGAGGAAAGGCCGGAGACAGUUCGUCUUCAUCAGCUUCGAGCGGAGGGAGCAGGAGAAAGAAAGCAAUGGCGGGCUACCUGCCCCAGAGGAAAGCGGACAGUAGUAGCCACAGUCACAGCAGUCACAGCCAUAGCAGCAGCAGCAACUGCCAUAACAGCAGCUCGAGUGGGCACAGUCAGAGCUCUUCAUCGGGCCUCGUGGGAGGAGGGUCUGGGAUAAGUGGCAUCGGAAGUGAGCCACCGCAUUCCUCUCUCCUCUCGUCGUCAUCGCAGCAGUCGUCUUCCGCCGUCUCCUCAUCUUCAUCUGCUCCUUCUUCCUCCAACUCCACCUCUGUGCUCGUAGCCAACGGUAACCAACAGUUGUCCAAAUCCCAAGAUAGCCACAGCAACAGUUCAUCUGGUCAGCCCGAACCAGAACCCCUUUACCACUGUGGUGAAUGUGGUAAAACCUUCACCCACCUCUCCAGCCUUCGAAGGCACCUCCGCAGCCACGGCUUGACACCAGAAAGCCAAAGCAGGAAGUCAGACUGUAACUCCCCGAGCCCAGAGAGGAUAUUCUGCUGUGGCGAGUGUGGGAAGAGAUUUAAAAAGAGAGGUCACCUCAUCCAGCACAGUGUCACCCAUUCAGAAAACCGGCCUUUUGUCUGCACCAUCUGCCAAAAGUCCUUCAACCGUCGAGAGUCGCUCACGAGACACGAGAAGAUUCACGACGAGAAACCUUUCCGCUGUCCGGCUUGUGGUCGUUGCUUCCGUGAGAGCACCUCUCUACUCAAUCACGCCGCUUCAGGUGCCUGUGGCAAACCGCCUCGGAGUUCAAAAAACCGGACAGGCACCGGAGGGAGUGGAUCGUCCAAUCCGAGCAGCAGUAAAAUGGGAAGCAGUGGAAACAGAGUAGGAAUUUCAAAUGAUGGGCCAUCAAUGGCUAAUGACAAGUAUGCAACGGAUUAUUCCAGAAAUCGCUACCCGAGCCAGUCAGCGUACAACAGCGCCGUUGACGACUACAGACGAUCACAACCCUCGUCACUGUAUUCCUCAGAGAGUACACUAGCCAGUGAAAUGGCCAGCCAAACUCUCCGUAAGGCCCCUUUAGCUCCAACUCUUCAUCCCCACCCACAAAGCCAGCAACACCACCACCACCAACCACAGCAACAACCGCAACCACACCUCCCCCUCUCCUCCUUACUGGAUGAUUCGGAGGACGAGGUCACCAGCAGUGCGAUGUCGGCCAUCGCCGCUGCAGCCGCAGCCUCUUGCGAUUUAAACACAGAAAGCCGGGAAGGAGAGAGGAGGGAUAUCAUCGGGGGCCUGCUAGGGGGGUUGGGGUUUGGUAACCUAGGCGGACCUUCAUCAACGUCCAGUCUUAACGGUUCCACCAUGCCUUUGACCCACCCGAGCCAUCCCCACACGAAACCCCGGAGGCCACGAAAGCCCAGAGAAAAAAGGGAUCCGAGCACCAUCGUGAGGAGAAGAAGGAGCCCUGCUCCUCCGGGGGACGGGUCGGAAAGGCCGUACAGCUGUCAGAUAUGUUGCAAACGCUUCCGAAGGGCAGAGACACUGCGGCGCCACAACCGAGUCCACACGGGGGAGAAGCCUCAUGCUUGCGACGUAUGUGGCAAAAUGUUCCGCGAGCCCUUCCACCUCACUAAACAUCUGACCGUACACUCAGGUCAAAAGAACUACAAAUGCAACCUGUGUGGGAAGAUGUUCGCCUAUGCACAAAGCCUAGUGAGACACGGGAAGCUGCACAGAAAAGGGGAAAUCGACAACCAGGGGAGGAGAAUAAAAGGUGCAGCCGCUGCCAUCAGUCAAGUCGCCAACCCGGCAAGCUCUGACUACUUCUCGUCCUGCUCCCAAGGAGAGAAAUCUCCAACAUCUGGCACCCCCUCUCAGAGGCUUUAUACGUGUACAGUGUGCUGGAAAUCCUUCCGCCAUUAUUUCCACCUGACGGCACAUCAACAAACUGUCCACGGUGGCGGAGUUGGGCUGGAGAAGUCCUUUCGUUGCGAAGUAUGUGGUAAAGCCUUCGCCUACUCCAACAGCUUAGUACGCCACAAGUUGUCUCAGCACGGCAUUGACCGCAGCGGCCACCGUGUCAACCAGUCCCAACCGCCCGGGUACUCGCCGCUCUUUUACGACUCUGGAUCGAGUUCCACCUACGCCGGGUCGUCUCACAUGCAGCAAGGAGCGUCUGGGCAGCAGCAGCCGCAGCAACCGCAGCAACAACCGCCACAACAGCAGCAGCAGCAGCAGCAGCAAACCCCACCCCCACCACCACCACCACCACUACCACCACCACAACAGCUGCAACACCCUUUUCACUACCGCUCAAAAAACUUCCAAAAGCGGCAUGGACAGACAAGAAAGCACAGAAAGAAAAAAAGACGAGUGGUGAUCCAUAGCAUCAUGAGAGAUGGAAAGCUGGUGGGUGUCCCUCUGAGUAAAGACACCCGCAGGAAGCUGAUACUUCUGCGGAAAAAGAGAGGCAAACUGCAAGCACAGCUCAACAAAAAAAAGCUACUAGCCCAGCUGAGGUCAAAGGGCGGCGUGAUGAAAGUGAAGUCGUGGUCCGGAGGCGCAGUCCGAGUCACCGGGCUCACCUCAAUGGACGUCCCUAUCAAGCGUUUCCCUUGCCCCAUCUGCCCCAGCGCCACGUACGCCAAGCAGGGUUCUCUGCUGGUCCAUUACGCCAUCAGGCACCCACCAAGAAACUCAGGCCGCCACGCCCGUCUGCGUUGCCUGGUGUGCGGAAGACGCACCAGCUCGUUACACAAAGCCUUGAAACACAGGGGCCAGCAUCUUAAACAAGCUGCAUUCCAAUGCCGCAAAUGCCGACGCCGCUUCUGGAACCCCGAGAUCCUGGACCGCCACAAGUUAUCCUGCCGGGGUACAACCGCAGUCAGCGGGGCCGUGAACUGGGGACUCAUGAAGAUGAAAUCACCGCCAUUACACGACCAGUCAGAUAGCGUCCAUUUACCAAUCCGGCUAUCUGUCCCAGUUCUGGUCCAGCCUGAGAGAUCAACAGUUCUGACUGAGUACAGUCAGUAAAAACAAAAAAAAAAAAAAAGUUUUCUAGACUAGAUUGUUUUUAUGUUUAUUUUUUUUAAAUAAUCAAGAAGCGAGCAAGAGCUAGCAUGUUUUUAACAAGAAAAACGAUGGGAGGACUCGGGGGAGGGUUUAGUGUAACUACUGUAAUACCCCCACACCCCUUCCCUCCCAAUCCUAACAAACUGUAACAGAGGUGGUUGAUAAAUUAGCGUGGACUUAAAAAGGCCCAAAAAUCCGAACCAUCCUCUAGAUCUGCCCUCCUUCCCCAAAGGUGAAGGACCACCUCACAAUUUAUUUUAUUUUUAUUUAGUAGCACCUGUUUGACAACAUUAAUCCAGCUUCCUUUCCGUCACCUUGUUUCUUUCCCCCUCCAUUAGCAGUGUUUGAGCAUAAAUACGGAUCGGAUUUGUAGAAGUGAGGUACCUUUUUGUUUAUUUUUUUAAAAAAUUGUUUUCACAUUAUUCACAGUUAAACAGUAUAGUCUGUGUCUCUUGCUCUGUAUGUGUUUAUUUGUUACCCCCCCAGUGGAGCGUCUCACUUUUUACGAGAUGAUGAUCUGCCCCCUCGAGAUAAAUUAAUCCUGACAGUUUAAGAACCUCCAUUAGAAAGAAUUAGUUUUUUUGAUAAACAACAGUAAAGGGUCUUCUCUGUCACAAAGGGCAAUACUAGUUGACGUGCUAAAGUGACUGAAACGGAAAAAAGAAGUGUUGGUGACCUUGUUUUUAAUGUACACUACUUUUGUCAUUUUUUAAAAAGAGGCGUGGAUGGUGAGGAAAAAAACACGACUCAAACUGUUAAUGUGUUCAGGAUUUCAAAAGGACAACAGAAAUAACCGGAGUGUACUGUACAAUUCGUAUUAUAUUUUAUUAUAUAUUGAUUAUUUGCUGUUUUUUACUCCAAGUAUCAUUUCUUUUAUUAUUGUUGGUAUUGUAUGGGUGGGAGGGAACGAGUUGGGGGACUAUCUUUGUAAAACAGCGGGAUGAGUAUAUGUAUCGAUGUGAUAUUUUUUUUUUCCCCCCCUCCCUGUUACCCCUUUUACCUGCUCCCUCAUUGCCACAGUUAUGCCCAAUUUUUGUAACAAAAGCGUGUACACAUAGUUCAUUACUUAGGUCCUGUCCAGAUGUGUUUUUUCUUUUCCUUUUCUGUAAAACUAAAACAUGUAAUAUUAUUACUAAAUUACUAUCCUUUUCUUUGCCUAAAAAGUGAGUUGUUGAAAACCCUCAAAUAAAAAAAAAAAAAAUCUGAAAUGUUACAUUCACUGUUGGUUUAUGUUAAAAGUUGAUAUCUGGAUUUUCCCCACAAAGAAAGUAUUAAUAAAGAAACACUGUGAGGCUU